UCUGAGCCCUAGGGGAGGCAGCGCAGACCGACCCGGCAGGGCUGGCACGAACCGCGAGGAGAGCGCUGGGCAGCGCUCGAGCACCAGCGUGAGCGCGGCUGCAGAGGACCCUGCUGACCUGCUCCUGAGAUCCCGGCUCCAAGCUCUCCUCACGUUUUACAGAUUCCGCCCCCCACCUCCCGCGACUGUAUCCCCGAAAGAGGAGCUUUUACAUUCAGAGAAGGUGCGGGAACUGGGGCAACCGCUACUUUCCUGGGCACCCAAGAUGCGCUCCAUUAGGAAGAGGUGGACGAUCUGCACCAUAAGUCUGCUCCUGAUCUUUUAUAAGACAAAAGAAAUAGCAAGAACUGAGGAGCACCAGGAGACACAACUCAUCGGAGAUGGUGAACUGUGUUUGAGUCGAUCCCUUGUCAAUAGUUCUGAUAAAAUCAUUCGAAAGGCUGGCUCUUCAAUCUUUCAGCACUCUGUAGAAGGUUGGAAAAUCAAUUCCUCAUUGGUCCUGGAGAUAAGGAAGAACAUUCUUCGUUUCCUAGAUGCAGAACGAGAUGUUUCAGUGGUCAAGAGCAGUUUCAAGCCUGGUGAUGUCAUCCACUACGUGCUUGACAGGCGCCGGACACUAAAUAUUUCUCAAGACCUACAUAGCCUCCUACCUGAAGUUUCACCAAUGAAAAAUCGCAGAUUUAAGACCUGUGCAGUUGUUGGAAAUUCUGGCAUUCUGCUAGACAGUGAAUGUGGAAAGGAGAUUGACAGUCAUAAUUUUGUAAUAAGGUGUAAUCUAGCCCCUGUGGUGGAGUUUGCUGCAGAUGUGGGAACUAAAUCAGAUUUUAUUACCAUGAAUCCAUCAGUUGUACAAAGAGCCUUUGGAGGCUUUCGGAAUGAGAGUGACAGAGAAAAAUUUGUGCAUAGGCUCUCCAUGCUGAAUGACAGUGUCCUUUGGAUCCCCGCUUUCAUGGUCAAAGGAGGAGAGAAGCACGUGGAGUGGGUUAAUGCAUUAAUCCUUAAGAAUAAACUGAAAGUGCGAACUGCCUAUCCAUCACUGAGACUUAUUCAUGCUGUCAGAGGUUACUGGCUGACAAACAAAGUUCCCAUCAAAAGACCCAGUACAGGCCUCCUCAUGUACACACUUGCAACAAGAUUCUGUGAUGAAAUUCACCUGUAUGGAUUCUGGCCGUUCCCUAAAGAUUUGAAUGGAAAAGCUGUCAAAUAUCAUUACUAUGACGACUUAAAAUAUAGGUACUUUUCUAAUGCAAGUCCUCACAGAAUGCCAUUAGAAUUCAAAACAUUGAACGUGCUACAUAAUAGAGGCGCUCUGAAACUGACCACAGGGAAGUGUGUAAAGCAAUAAAGCACAUUUGGAAACAGACAAGCUGAAUAUGCACUUCUUUUCUGAAGAUGCUUCCUAAGAUUUGAAAACAGGAUCCAAAACAACUCUGGGUUUCUGCAUUCACCAAUGACCUGAAAGGUGAUAAAGGACGUUCUUGAGAAAUCCACUACCAGCUGAUGAAAAACCUGUAAAGUGCUCUAAAAAUUAAAUAUCUUGACUUCAAGGGUCCUAGUAAGUGCCACUUCCACGAAGAACACAGUUUGAAUGUAUAAUCAGUACUGUUUACAAGAUCCAACAAUGCAUUCAUCAUUAGUUACCGAGGCAAAGAUGUUCAUCACUGUCGGGCUGCCGUUGCAACGCCAAGCACAGGAGAAGAGGAACCCAGGAACACAACUCCGCCCUUGGGGACGAUAACCAUCCUUGUCAGCAGAUACGAAGAUGCUAACAGUUUGAUCAGUGAGAUUCAUAAAUUUUAACAACUCAAGCAAAUGCCUUCAGUUGAGACUGAGUUGUAUCCUGAAUUUUGUGUUUCUGUUUGUCUGGAAUCUCUUUUGGAUUGGGUAUUUGGGGUGCUUAGAAAUCUUUUCUAAGACAAAUGUGAAUGAAAUAAAUAACCAAGUGAUCAUGUUUAAAAAUGUUCUUACAUUUUUAAAGAUCAAUCACACAAUGUCUUUGAUACAAAGGUUUAUUUUGCACAGCUCUAAACUUCCAGAUUUUGUUCCAUUGGUGUGGAAGGUACCAGCUAAACUAUACCAUUCAGUAAUGUUGAGCCAUUCUAAAGGAAAGGUGUUCCUAUGUCACCUGAGGUGGUAAUAUUAGCUGAAAAAAAAUGUGCUUUUGGUACCAAAGAUUAUACUGAUGUUUCUACACAACAAACCAUUCUCUUCCCAUGAAAAUGAUAUAUUAAUGUGUUAUUCUGUCAGUGUGACAGUACUCUCUAGAUAUUUUAAAUUUUCCAAACUAAGACUUCCACAGUUUUUACAUUUCAUAAUAACUCUGUGGAAGUGUUUUGCCCUUUGAAAUAAAUGUUUGACUGACUGGGCUGAAACGUGACUUCCAGUUCUUUGGUACCCUCCCCCUUAUUCAAAUAAAAAGAUUGGCAUGCUCUUCGUACUAUAGUUAAAUGUCCUUAGUGCAGGAAUAACAUGACUAAUAAGACUGCUGUUUCCCUAACAGGGAUGAUCCAUUAUAAGCGGUUGAACAAUGAAACGGUGUGUCAGUAUUAUGCACUUUGUAUGAAUUAAAUUGACCAACAUUUUUUCUGUGGUUAAAUUUAUUCAUGUUAUCAUAUUAAUGUGUUUUCAAAAAAGCACAUGGAAUUAUGAAUAAAGUAAUUUAAAAAUGUUGUAGCAUAUAACAGAAUUGACCGGUAGGCCUGUUUACUGGAAACUUAUCCUAAACUGGUAGGUAAUUCUGAUGGUAAAUUGUUUCUGCCAAAAGCAGAAGUACUGUGUUCCCACUUCUACUCUCGGCCUGAAACAACUUAGAUGACUUCUUCUUUUUUCAGGCCAGGCGGUCUGAGGAAAGAAGAACAGCACACAGAGUAUGUGUGUUUUGUUCAUUAGGGAAGACAGUGUGAAAAAAGAUUAAAUAGCAUGGAGAAUGUAUAUGUUAAUGUUACCAUGAAAAAGGAUAUUCACAGUAGUACCCCUCUCGAUAUAUUAAUGAUAUGUGGUAUUAUUUUUUAAAAAAUAUGGUAGAACUGUGUGAUAUAGAAGACUAUAUUUUCUGAGAAUUCAUGUGUCUCUAAGGAAACAAAAUAGAAGAAUAAAGGAGAUGCAUAACUAAAAAUGGGUAGAACGUAAUGUACUUUUAUCACUAACCUCUUAUCUAUUGGAAAUUUUAAAAGAAUUAGGCACAUAUUUUGAAUGUGAAGCUUAAAAGUCUGAUUGGUUUAGCAAAUCAAAUGUAGGUAGGUGAUUUAUAGAAACUUAAUUUCGGCAGUUUGUAUAUUAGUUGUUUGAAUACCCUUUAAUUUCAAUUCAAUGGAAAUUUUGAAGUCACAAGUAAAUUCUUAGAGGUAAAAUCCAUCUCAGAAGUCACUGAAAGUAUGUCUUAAAAAGCAGCAGCAAGGUACCUUGCCACUUUUACUGUCUUUUCAGCGAAGGUGUUUAAACCAUUUUAAGGCCACAGCCAAAGCAUCCCAGCCGUCCCCUGUUCUGCGCACUGAAGUUCACCUCGUAGAUGCAUUGAGUAGUGCCUUUUUAGCUUCACAUUGUGUUGCCACGCUAUGCUUUGUGUUCUCUACAUAUGUUGCCCAGUUCUGAAAAUGUUCAGCGUAUAAAAAGGGCUUCAGUUUCAACUGAGACUACUUUUGUUCAUCUCAGGGAACUUUUAAUACUCAAGAAUAAAUUCAGUGAGAAGCAUUUAGUGUUCAAAGAAUAUAAACCUUACACGGUCACUCCAUCCCCGUUGUGUACCUCUCCACCCUCCCGUACCUGUCAAGAUCUACUGUGGCCUUCCUGUGGGGGUGGGGCAAGGAGAUCACAGAAGGCCAACAGCAAGAAUAAGGAAAAGAAUCCAGAUUUAACCAAUAAGGGGGCAAAAGGAUCUUGAUACCAUGAAAUUAUAAAUACAUACUUGAAAUACUGGGGUGUUUUUCUUUUGUACCAUUAUAUGUUCACAGCUUUAUUUUUUUUUUAAUUUCUUUCUCAUGAUUUAACCCUUUACUGACAAAUGCUCAGGCAGCUGACUGUGAAUUAUUCCUGUCCUUUAGAAAGCAUGCUUGUGUGCUGUUGACAUGAAUGGGCCAUGGAAACAUUUUCAUUGUUACUACCCAGGCUGUUCUAUAUUUACUAUUACAUUGCUGGAAUUAAAAACAAUGAAACGGUGACAGCAUUUUCUGGGCAAGUCUAAUUAUUCAGCCCACGGGACUGAUGAAAUUACUGUGGAAGCUUUUUUAUUGAAAGAAGGUACUGGGCAUUCCAAUGUCUUUAUGUAGUAUAUAUCACAGGAAAUGUAUAUCAGUGGGUAAUGGGAAUUUCUACAUAUAUGCUUACAGAGUGGUUCAUUUCAAUAAUGCUAUGCUUGCAUUGGGGGCACAGUGGUGAGCAUAGCAGCCUUCUACAUGCUACAGGCAGUGUACAUACCAAGUAGUCAUUAAGCUACUACACAGGAAAAGGGUGAACAAAAUAAUUUAUUUCUAAUUGAGCCAAUUAGUCGCAAUGCACACAGUGUUGUAUUGGUUCAUAAAAGAGUUGUUUUUAUGUGGUUACUGUUGAGAGUAGCUGUAAUUGUGGAAGGGAUGUAGGAAGACUUAAAUAGAGUUAGUGGUUACCUCUACAAGUUUGAAAUUUCCCCACCAGACAUUAUCAAUAUACCAAUGUUUUAAAAGUUGAGUUAAAGGAGGUUAUUGUUUGUAUUUAAUGAAGGAAAAUCCAAAUAAAGUCCACCUAGAAAUAGAUAUUUUAUUAUAUAUGUGCUAUAGAUAUAUCUAUAUAGUACAAAUAGAUGUGUAAUGCAUAUAUACAAUGUUAUAUAUGUGUGUCUGUGUGUAUACACACUGAGCCUGUAAUAUACACACAUUAGAUUUGUGUUAAGCUAACAUCUUCAGGGGCGGCACUGUGAAGCACUCUGGAGAUGAGACCACUUUGGGAUAAAGAAGUUCUUUUGAGACUUCAGUUACUGACCUGCUUUAAGAGGGAUCUACUUUAUAACUGAAUCCUAUGUUGUCCAUACCAAGACUUACAAUAAGGGUCUAGUCUGUCCAAAUGUUUAAAAAGAGAAAAAAAUUUUUUUAAAUCUUCAAGCCGGCAAUGUAUUUGAAUUGCAGUUUUCAGAUUGUGGCUUUGGGCCCUGGGUCUCCCAUGUAAGUGGCACCUUUUAAUAGACACUGUUUCUUUGUGUAGGCAAAAGCACAAGUGGUUCAGAUGUAUAUAGCAGGAAAAAGUUUACAGAGACAGCACUGCUGCACAGAAUGAUUGCUACUGAGUAUUUCUUAUGUACUUUGUGAAAUUGAAAGAUAAGGUUUAUUCUGUCAGAUUCAUCAUGUUCAACACUGUUUCCCUGUCAUUUAUGUAUAGCAACUGGUGUUACUGUUUUAUCAUUUGUAAAAUUGUAAAAUAAAUUAAAUCCCAUUUUUUUCAA